AUGCUAAACAAAUCAGGCGACAAUUGCCCGUUUAGCCAACGUCGUUCACAACAGAGGCCAGAACAUCAUUUUCGUACGAUGGAAUCAAUGUACGAUAUUAACUUUGUAAGCGUAAAAGAUACAGGGGAAAGGGAAAUAUUACUGAACCUGCACCUGACCCCACUCUCCAAAGUUCCACAUCUUCAAGGAAUCACAUUACGCGUUGAGCCUCAGGUAACGCCGUUCCAGACAGAACUACCCUUGGUAAAUCAGACAUCCCUGUUUCCCGAGAACCUUGUGAAUACUCAAUCCCCGAGUUUCCGUAAACUUUAUGUUCUACUUAAAAUCGAAUUGCACAAAAUUAGCGAAAUAUACCCAUUUGCAAACAAAUUUGGUUUUGCGAUAGACUCACCUGGAACUUUGGAAACAUCACAAACAAAAGACUCAGUUGGGUUCAAGACUUGGGAGGUUAGGACAUCCACCGGAAAAGGUCCUUGGGAAGUGCUUGUAUGGCAGCAACCAUCGGACAGUAACAUGGAAGUGGUGGAAUUUGUUGAGCAGAGCAAUCUUGCCGACCCAUGCCACCCGAAGACAUGGAUACUGGCAGGUUGUCCAAGUCUACAGAAAAGAAGUCGAAAUGCAGAGGUCGGGUUCGAACCACGGACCUUCCGGUCAGUAAAUUAUCGCGCUAACUACUGGAUCACCUCGUGGAUGCUCCAGUGCUUGGACAUUUCUUUUACUACCAGGCGCGCCUUGAUAAAGUCUGCAUCACACCAUCGUCCUAUUUAUGAAACAUUUCCCUUUUGGACCUCUUCCUUUCUUACUCUUUCAAUCUCCAACAGUAUCCAGUUGAUCAUGUACACAGCUAUCGAUGCGGCCGAGAGCAUACAACGAUUGGUGACUACGCAUCAGGAU